GAACCUUUUUUAAAAGAAUUUUUAAAUCUCUAUUCCCGGUUUGCAAAUCAAUGGACAUAUAUAUAAAACAUCUUUCAACUCACAAUACAUUUGGGUUACAUUUUUCUUGUAAUUGAAAGAUUUGAGAAAAAUCCCAGAGAGAAGCAUAUAAACGACAGCGUAUCCCUUCACGCUGUGCAGAAGAGUUCAAGAGUGAAUGAUACAAAGAACAUAGGCGGGGGAAGCCUCACACUAGAACGACGUUUUCCCGGGGGAACCCUCCAGGCUGGAACGACGUUAUCCUUCCCCUCCACCAUCAAGAGGGAGUGAGUGAAGAUUGAAACAGAGAAAGGGAGCAUUAGUUCCCAGAGUUGAGGCAAAAUUAGGGCUUCAGUUAGCAGAUAAUGUAUUCGAAUUGAUGAAAGAGCCUAUUAGGAGUGUAGAUGGAGCAUACAUUUUGGGAUCAUUUGCCUCUAUUGGUGAGAGCAAACUCCAAGGAAUCGGUGGAGUACGUACUUCAAGCUCUCUGGAGAACUCGAAAGGCUGGUCUCGAUGCUGCCGACCGUCAAGUCAUCUGCGAGAUGCUUCACCUCCAAAACGACUCCGACCUCGAUCCUCUAUUGGUGUGUCUUCGCAUGUUGAUCCGAAGGUGUGUUUAUGAGAAUAUAAACAAGGAUGAGAUUCAAAAGCUAUUUCCUAACGAGGUCCUUCCUGAAUUACAAAGGCUAUUAACAAUUUUGUUGCAAAAGUUUCAGAGAGAAUGGCAAGAAGAUGUAUUCAAAGAUCAGGUUAUUUUGCCCCGUUUGAAGGCAAUGACAUGGAAUAUGGCAAAUCAGGACACAGCAGAAGUGACAGAACCCAUGGCUGUUAUAAACCUGAAGCUUCAAAAUGAUGCUCCAUCUCACUCAGGAGAAUUGGAUGUAAAGUUUCAAUUAAGUAAAGAUACUCUAGAAACAAUGGUAAAGUCCAUGUACUGCAUAAGAGACCAGCUGUCUGACACUGAUGUUGCAUCAAACAGGAGACAUUUGUCCCAGGAAACCAACAUAGUCUAGUUUUUCAUAUGCCUAUAUGUAAUGGGAUAGCUUGGACUUGGAUCCUAUUUUGCUUCAGGAAAUCACUUGGCCUGCUGUUCUAGUGAUUAAAAUUAGGUGGGUUAUGGAAAAGUGUAAAAGGUUUGUUUUCCAUUUGUUUGGCUGUUGGGGGCACAACAUCCUGACUGUGACUCAAGGUUUUAUUCGUAAUAUGAAGGUACAUUUUGAUUGGUAAAA